UACCCAACAGCCCGAGCCUACCCAGCAGCCCGAGCCCACCACCAACGCUCCUCCGGUCGUGGUCCCGACAUCGUCGAGCACUACCUCUGCUGCCCCUCAGCCUACCGCCAGCACCCCCAGCGGUGGCAGCGGUGGCAGCGGAUACACCGGUGCCUGCUCCCAGGGCUCCCCGUGCACGGGUCAGGUCACCUUCUACGACACUGCCACCUCUCAGCUUGCCCCCAGCAGCUGUGGAUUCACCAACGACGGCACCACUGAGGAUGUCCUGGCUCUUCCCGUCGGCCUGAUGAAGGACAGCGACUGCGGUCGCAUGGUGACCGUUCACUACAAUGGCAAGGUCGUGUCCGGCAAGGUCGUCGACAAGUGCAUGGGCUGCGACAGCACCUCUAUUGACCUGUCGCGUCACUUCUUCAAUUCCCUGGCUUCCGAGUCUGAGGGCCGCCUCCACAAUGUUGAGUGGUACAUGGAGUAAAUGCGCUGAAUGCUAGCUUCUUCUGCUGGUUCUUUGCUUGAUUUUGUUGCUUCGCUUCGUCGACAUCCAUACCCCCACUUUUCACUUCUUCUUACCCUUCUCCACACUCGUUUUCAUACAUAUUUUUACUCAAUUUGCUCCCCAUGGAGUAUUUGAGCUAUGUUCAUAGAUAUUCUCGGGUUAUUUAACACCACAUUUACAUUCGACACAAGAAGCAGCACGCAGGACGCAUCUGGUCCAUGACAUGAUACCACGACACUGGGAUUGGCGCAUUGCAAAUUAGAUGGAAUCGGGUAUUCUAUCUGGCGCGCAUUAGGUAGCAAUGGUUCGGGAACAAUGAUAAAAAAAAAGGUUUCUUGCAAGC